AUGCCUGCUGCCGACUCUCCACCGCCGCCGCUGAUGGUUGUCACCGAUUCGCAGCCUGCGCUGGAAUCCGACCGACGGCGGGUCGACAAGACAGCUGUCAAGCCUAAUCAAACCUCCCGUCAGGUCCGAUCCUGCAAGGUCUGUCGACUCCGCAAGGUGAAGUGUGAUCGCGUAAAACCCUGUCAUGCAUGCUGUGCCCACGGGUACCCGUCCAAAUGCGUAUACGACUUCAGUCCCGACGAGGAUCUCCAGCCCGUCAGCCAGGCCGAGGAAAUACGUAAUCUCCGGGCGGAAAUCCAGGACCUCACGGCGCGUCUCAACGACCGCGAACACCGGAACCGCAACCGACACCAAUGGCAGCUAGCGAAGCUGCAGUCCCUGGUCGAGUCGAUCCGCUCGGCACCGUUGGACGUGGUCGAUCGGAUUGUCGCGGACAUUCGCGCGUCCCGGGGGGAGUUGAACCGGGAGCUGAUAUCGGUGGGGCCGUGGGAGGGGAUAGAAGCGUACGAAGACUAUGCCGUCACGCGGUAUGCCUCGUCUGACAGUGAGGACGAUGGACGCACGGCGUUGGGCUUUCCCAACUACUACCAGUCCGAAGGGUUCGAUUUCAACCGCAGCCCGUCGGAGGACAGCAAUGAUUCCGGCAUCUCCCUCCCGGGCUUGUACUCGCCGAAAACCAUGAUCGACGUGUUUGUCGAGCGGUUCGUGGAUGCCUUUAGCCCGGAGGUCGAUGUGAAAGCGGGCCAGGCGGGGGCCCUGCGACGGGCCGCGGAAAUCCGCAUGUUCUCGCCCAUUCUGCAGGAUGCGUUUGAGGCGGUCUCGGUCGCGUUUUUUGGGCGGUGCAUCCAGGACAAGCGGAUCGAGAUGUCGGGGCACCAUCUGUACCCGCGGGUGCUGCGAAAACUACAACAGGCGCUGCAGGAUCCUGAGCGGAGUCGCGCCGAGUCGACCUUGGCGACCGUCAUUCUGCUGAUGGCGUUUGAGAGCGUCGAGCGAACUACACAAGCGUCGCUUAUAGCCCACGUCCAUGGCGCUGUGCGUCUAAUCGAACAUCGAGGCCCGGAAGCUCAUGUAUAUGGCGUGGAGCAUUUACUCUUUACCGAGCUGCGUCCCUAUUGGGUGGGCGCCGCUCUUGCAAGCCGUCAACCGUCAUUCUUUGCCAGCGAAGAAUGGAAGACGGUGCCGUGGUCGGCCGGAACCACGCAAAAAGACAUCCUGCACCAUCUGCUCGAUCUGACGGUCGAGGUGCCGGCUCUGUUGGCGCAACACGACGAGCUCCAGGCCGCCGUGGAGCCUGUGAUGGGCGCGCACGAGAAGACGGUGAAACAGACGGCGCUGUGGAACGGGGUGGCCGAUCUGACAGGCCGGCUGCUGCAAUGGAAGACGACGUGGGUGGAUGGGUAUCCCGACGGACCUCCUCGAGAAGUCGAGGCGACGCCGACGGGGCAGUUCCCCGUGUUCCAGUGUCGGGAUCUCCGCACGGGAGCCAUCAUCACCCCCACGAAAUUCGUUUACCCGGACCUCCGCCUGGCGCAGACCAUGUGCCUGUACUUUACCACGCGGCUAAUCCUGUCGUCGGUGGACACCCGUCCGGAAGGGAGGGUCGGUCCGCCGGAGCAGUACGCGCUCGGCUGCGGGAUCUGCCGAACGCUGGAGUGGUAUAUAUUGACGGCGCCGGGGAACAUGAUCAACCGCCUGGCGUUUCCGGUGCGCGUGGCCUGGGAGGUGUUUCCCGACGGCGGGCCGGAGCGACAAUUCUUGUACGAAGUGUUAAAACUGGUGGAGAGACGACAUGCAUUAGGACUUUGGGGGAGUGGGAUGUCGGAGCUGUCUCCUCGCGCUGGGUCGCCAGGAUCAGCGUAA